UGUUGCCAGGGUGACGCCGUGCCCGACAAACUUCUCAAACCCAUCCCAGUGCCUGUUGUUGCCAUGUUAGCUGAGGUUCGGGGCUCUGACACCUUGGGUUCAGGUGCACCAUGGAAAUCCUCCACCGCUGGGAAGGAUAUCAAAGAUCCAGGGAUUCGCCAGAAGCAUCGGGGUGGAAAGCGCCUGCGACAAGUAUCCAGCCAAAGAAACUGCUUCUUAGGGUUGGAAAUGAAGCGAGAGCUGGUCUGGGAAGACUGGGACCUGCAAGGAGAGUUCACCAAGACAUUAGUGUUAAAGAAUACUCAUAGCAAGCUGCAGAAGCUACACAUCAGGCCUCCAGAGUCCAAGUUUUUCACCACCUUGAUCCCCCAGAUAAUUGUUCUCAGCCCAGGGACUUCCUACUCAAUGCCAAUCACCUUUAGACCACUCCAAAGGUGUGAGUAUGAAGACAGCAUUGAGUUUCAAGGUAAAGAUGGCAGUUUCCAGGUAUGUCUCCGUGCCACCAUUCCCUGUCAUGCCCUGGAGGUCCCUGACUCUGUGCUGCUGCCACUCUGUGCUGUUCAGCACUCCUCAUGUGCUACUUUCAUGCUCAGAAAUGUCAGUAAACUCCAGACAUGCUUCCAGUGGGAGUGUGCAGCACCGUUCCAGCUAAGCCCUGAGCAAGGCCUGUUGAUGCCGGGCCAGGAGUGUGACAUCACUGUGGUCUUCCGGCCACAAGAGGCGGUGGUGUAUCAGCAACAGGCCAACUGCAGGUUUGGAGAAGAAGGGGACAAAACAGAGAGCUGUUGUACUGUGCUUCUGCAGGGACUAGCCAAGUACCCAUGUCUUCAGCUGAGAAAUCCAAAUACCAAGGAUGAAAAAGAACAGUGUGGUCCAGUGCUGCACUUUGGCUCUGUGGCAAUUGGUCAAAGCUUACAGAAAUCUUUUGACAUCUUCAACCCCUCCCCUGUAACUGCGUCUGUCUCUCUUUCACGAUUGUCCAGUAACGUGCAUUUGUUGGGGUCAGAGUUCAGCUGUGAUGUGACUAGUGGAAAGGUGAGGCCUGGUGGAUCACUACGGGCUACAGUUACCUAUACUCCUGCUGUGGUGGAUACUGUCUCUGUCGAGUACUUAUCUCUAAAAUGUAGAGGGGCGCUCAACAAAACUCUGCUCAAACUCACUGGAAACUGCCUAGGUCCCAAAGUUUCCAUGUCCUCCUCUGUGGUGGACUUUGGCUGUGUUGAGGAAGGAGCAGCAGUUGUACAGACAGUGGAACUGGUUAAUUCUUCGCCCGUUUUGGCUGUCUACCAAUGGGAUCUUGACUGUAGUGGCCACAGUGUGUUCACAAUCCAGCCAGCAAGUGGCACUGUACACCCACAUAGUCGUGCCACACUGAAGGUGGUGUAUAGGCCCACACAGCCUAUUGCACAUCACAGAAGAGUGGCAUGUCUCAUACUGCACAGGGAACCCAUGAUGCUUGACCUGAUUGGUACCUGUCACUCAGAGCUCCAAAAACCCGCCACACUGAAACCUGAACACUUGGUUUUGUACGAGCUCCACUGGUACCGCGGACAGGACAUUGUCAGUGACAUGAAGCAAGAUCAUAAUGUACACUUGGACCAAGAGGGAGUGAUCUGUCCCCCGGAGGAGCAGGCACAAAAGAGAUCGGACAGUGCUGGUGUUGUGUCGAGAACUUCCAUGGAGGAAUAUUACCAGUCCUGCUUGGGGUGCAUGGAUCCAGUCUCUUCCAGUUCUUCUGUAUCAUCUCCACAUGUAACUGUGGUGCCCAGUGAGCUACUGUUUAAUCACAAAAUAUCCUCUUCUUUGUCUACUUCAUCCUCUUCCUCUCAGGCUGUGUCCAUCACCAACCAUACCAAGGGGAAACUCAGCCUGGUGUGGACUGCUGCGCAAGAUUCUCCGUUUUCUGUCUCUCCUUCAUCAUGUGACCUGGCUCCACUGAAGUCUACCUCAUUCAGGGUGACCUAUGACCCCAAGCAGCUCAAUACUCUGCACGGAGCGCAGCUUGAGUGUUUUGCAUACUACAAGGACAAUCAUAUAGAGGAGCGACUGCUGUGUCCACCCUGGUGUGUGACUGUUAGAGUCGUAGGACACUCCUUCCAGCCAGGCAAAGAGCACUUCAUCCCUUGCUGCACCCUGAAGCCCCCUCGAGUGGAAUUCCCAGCCCUUAGUGUUCUUUCCUAUCGGACAGUGCUCCUUCAAAAUUGUGGAGACCUGCCCCUCACUUUCUGUCUGGACCACAUCUCAAACCCUGCCAUGCCAGAAUCUGUGUCUGUAGUGCCGAGCUGUGGUUUGAUCCAGCCUGGGAAUCAUCAAAUCCUCACCCUCAGAACAACUCCCACAGAAGACAGUCCCAAGCAGGGGUUCAGAUUACACCUUCAGCUCAAUGAAUCUCAGCACACAAAGGAAGUGACAGUUGUCAAUGUGGUGGAAAAGCUGCAUGUGUCUCUGGAAGGAAACAGUUUAUAUUUCCAGCCAACAGCGCUGGGCUCACGGACACAGCGCUCCCACUACAUCAGGAACCUCAGCCGACUACCUCUACGGUUCCAAUGGAGCAUUCCAGAGCCAGACCAGGAGCUUAUCUUUGUUGAACCAGAUGCUGGUGAACUGCAUCCUAAUGAGAGCUCAGUCCAGAUAUGGUAUUUCAGCCCACUGGCAGAGAAAACAUACACACUCAAUCCCACUCUGUCUUUCUGGCCGAUCCAGACACCUGGGUGUAACAAGUCACACCUUACCCUUGAAGUGGUGGGAAUGGGCUCUAAAGGCUUCAUAGAGAAUAAAACGUAUAGCCUGCCCUCGAGCUCCAGGGCUCUGGCCAAUCACAAUGGAGCAAACUUUACAGCGCUGUUGGGUGCCAGUAAUUCUUCAGCUCACUCCUGGAGUGAGUGA